UUGAAUAUUAUUGUGUUACCGUAAUUGCGAACCGCGUUCGUUGAUCAAUCAUUUAUUGUUAUUAUUACCCAUCGAAACGCGACGGCUGACGGCAGACAAACGGACAAACUAAACCGCAUUGCGCACGUUUCACGACGUACUACCGGUUUCAGCGUUUUAUUGUUCAAUUCGUUCUUCGUCGACAUUUAUACUUCACAAAUCAGUUCUUGUCUAAAUUAUUUCACCACUGAAAGUGUAUGUGCGCGCGAUUCUCCCCAAAUCGCUCUGGUGCGUUGACGGUCAUUGUUAGAUACGUAAAUAAAUUCUGUUAGAUGAUAAGCGCGGCGGGGAGAUGUAACAGCGGUGGUAGCGGUCGUGUCUCGGCGAUGUCCAAAGAGUGUCGGAUUGUAAACGGCGGUGGCGGCGUCGUGGCUGGUGGAUACGUGAACCAUUGUGAGCAGGUGCUCGAUGACCAAAAUGAAAUGGUGAUGGCCGCGUCUAAGAUAACCGUAGCCGCUGGCAGUGAUCAGGCAGUGGCCUCCAUCAACCACCGCGUCUACCCGCCAUCGUCCAGUGAGCUGAAUAAACUCAAGGACUUAACGCUUGGAAAUCUCAUGAUAUUAGAAGAGUACUCGAGCAAUCUUUCCCAAAAAAACGAAAAAAUUUUAGAGUUGACAAAGGAAGUAGAAUAUCUCAAACAAAAGUUAGCAGAAGCUAAUCAACAUAUAGCUGAAAUAAGUGCUAGAGAAGAAAACUUGGAUGUUUUGCCAUUCACACCAGUUUCUUCAACAUGCUCAUCUGGUAUGGGAGAUUUGAGUUCGGCUGAACUACAUGAUCAGCAGGAACAACAAGACAAUAAACCUAAAAAGCGUAGAAUUCGUCAAGCUGCUACAAAACAGCCAAACCCAGAUCCAUUAGAAUCCAACCAGACAAAACGCCCUAGAACUAGGAUUACACGAGCUAAAUCAGCUAAAAUAGGUAAAAUGCAAGAAUUAUCUUUGAUCACAGCAGAUAGUGCAUAUUACACUUGUCUGGGAAAUUAUGAUCCUAUAAAAGAUGAACCAGUUUCUGAAAAUAGUAGUAGUAAUUUAGAAAUACCAAGUUGGAGGGUUAAAACAUAUUCUAGUUGGUAUUCUAUGGAAGGCACUGAAAAUAUGUCUGAUGAUAUCUUUGAAAGCAGACACUAUAGACUUGAACAAUGUGAACAAAAACGAAAAAGAUGGGAUUUGCAACGAAUUAGAGAGUUAAAACGAGUAGAAUAUUUGAAGGAAGGUCGUAAUAAACACAAUUUACAAAAAUCUAAUGACAAUAAUAAGGAAGAAUUGACAACUUUAUUGCCCAGUCCUUCAAAUAUCAAAGCAAUCGAAAUUACAGAUAAAUUACCUGUGUCUGCAUUUGGUAGCAACUUACAUAUUAAAAAGAAACUUGAAAUGUAUAAAUUUUGUCACAGUCAAUGGUGUAAUGAUGGGUCUCAAGCACCAAAAGAAUGUAACAUGCGUGAACUUCGUUCUUCUGGUUGUAGCCAGUUUUAUGAUACCAUUGAACAAUGAUUAACAAUGAUAUAAAUACAGUUUAAAUUGUAUUCUGACAUACAAUGACUAAUGGAAUAAUAUUGCUUGAAUCUAGUAGGUAACAAGGUAAAGUAGUUAUCCAUAAUUAUAGGAUUUUGUUAAAUUUUGAAGUAACUAGUAAGGUUGCAAAAAUCACAUGAACCAAAAUAUGUAACCUAUUUUAAUAUGAAUCUACUAUCUUUACAAAGUUCUACUAUUAUUACUUAAAAUUGUUAUAAUGUGUAUAUGGUAAAAUGAUGUAU